GUGUUUGUGUAAUCACUCCGUUUUGAGGACUCUAAUAGCUUGUCCUCAUCUUAUCUAUCAUCCUCUGCAAGAAAAACACACAACCCUUAGCGACAGAGCUCCGAGAAAACUGCGAAAAUGGAGAAUAUACAGCACACAAUAGUGCCCACAAAUGGCAUAAACAUGCACAUAGCAUCUAUUGGAACCGGCCCUGUGAUUCUCUUUCUACACGGCUUCCCUGAGCUCUGGUACUGCUGGCGCCACCAGCUCCUCUCUCUCUCGUCCCUUGGCUACCGUUGCAUCGCCCCCGACCUUCGCGGCUACGGCGACACUGAUGCCCCUCCUUCCCCCACUCAGUACACUGCACUCCAUGUAGUCGGCGACCUUGUUGGGCUGCUUGAUCAUCUGGGUGUUGAUCAAGUGUUUCUUGUGGGUCAUGACUGGGGAGCGGCAAUUGCUUGGCAUUUUUGCUUGUUUAGACCUGAUAGAAUCAAGGCCUUGGUUAAUACCAGCGUCGUAUUCUCUCCCAGAAACCCUCAAAUAAAGCCCAUAGAAAGCUUCAGAAAAUCAUUAGGCGAUGAUUUCUACAUAUGUAGAUUUCAGGAGGCAGGAGAGAUUGAAGACGACUUUGCCCAAGCUGGUACUGCAAAAGUGAUCACAAGAUUUCUUGCAUCUCGCAGUUCAAAGCCCCCUUGUAUACCUAAGGAAACAGGAGUGAGAGGUUCACCUGAUCCUCGAAGUUUGCCUUCUUGGCUGUCAGAAGAGGAUAUCAAUUAUUACGUUAGCAAAUUUAACCAGAAAGGCUUUACUGGCGGGUUGAACUACUAUCGAUGUUUAGACCUAAACUGGGAGUUGACAGCACCAUGGACAGGGUCACAAAUUAAAGUACCAGUUAAGUUUAUUGUGGGGGACCUGGACGUUACCUAUCACUUCCCUGGAGUAAAGGAAUUUAUACACAAUGGUGGUUUGAAAAAGUAUGUUCCUUUCUUGCAAGAAGUUGUUGUAAUGGAAGGAGUCGCUCACUUCCUCAACCAAGAAAAGCCAGAGGAAAUCAGUGCACAUAUUUACGACUUCUUCAAGAAAUUUUGAACUGGCAAUAAGGUGCCUAAAGAAGGCUCCUUAGUGGUUGGAUUUGGACCCCAUCUCAUGUAUUGGUGGCAUCCUCUUUCUUCUGUGACCCUACUUAUCUUUGGAAUAAUUAUUGUACUGCUGGAUUGUUAGUGUCUUGGUGGCAUCCACUGUCUUCUGUGACCCUACAUUUGCAUUCCUAUGUUCUUUAAUAUUAUAAGCAGUUUGUGAGUUUGUUAUUGGUGCCUCAGGAAGGAUGUAGCUAAAAUAACAGCCGACAGUUGUCGCAUGCUAGAUAAUAAAAGCAGUGUGUACUUCUCGCUA